AAAUCAACUUUUUAUUUCAGAUGAUGUGCGACUGGGUGUGGUUAUUCACUCUGUGCUCUCUCCUCAUGAUUGUCCACUCUUUGCCAACAAAUCUGGCAGAAGAUACAAAAAAGACUGAACAAACGAUGAGAGCAAAAUCUAAACGGGCACAGGAAAUGUUGAUGUUCGGAAACCAACAAAAUCGCCAACCAGAGAAUAAUCCAACCUCGUCUUCGUAUUCGUCCAGCGCGGAAAAAAGAACUGCGUCAGGAUUAGGCGGAUUAAAGGCAGCCCUUGUCGAAGAGGAAAAACCACUCUCUCGUUCUAAUGCGCCCAGCAAUCCGUUCUAUGAUCAUAAAAAUUACGAUUAUGGCACAAUAAAUGAGCUGGGAUACGAGAUGCCCCAGGUAUGGGAUAGUUCGUCCUACUCUCGUUACCACGCGAACGAAGAUCGUCGGAAAAGAUCCGAGAAAUCAGCGGCUGGAUCAACAACCAUAAAACCAUCGACCACUUCGUUCCAGUCUCCAACAUCUGCUCAGCAAUCUGUGCAGACGCAAGUGAAGAGAAACGUUCCCAUUUAUCAAGAACCACGAUUCAAGAGGGAAUUGGAUAUCGAUCCGGAAGACGUUUUAACUCUUCUCUCCUUGUGGGAAAACGAACGUCGCAAACGAAACUGGCAUAAAUAUAUGAACGAGGAAUACGAGAAUGUAGAUGACGAAGACAAUCUUCUCGAGGAAGAGGAUUCUCGAAACAUUAUUCCGUGGAUGGAUUCCUCGGUCUAUCCUCCUCGUCAUUACAACCUAGAUUCUUUGUCACUGUCAGACAUCGGGAUCGUUCGUACCCAUCCAUCCAGCUAUUAUGAACAAUACGAGAACCAGUACGGGCAGCAAUACGAUACAUCUCAAUACGGCAGCCCUCAAUACGGUCUGGUUUAUCCUCAACAGACUUAUUACAGUGCUCCCGAGAAGAGGUUUAUGAUAUCCAGGAAACGCUCGCAGGCGUACGAUCCUUACUUCAACGCGGCCCAAUUCCAAAUAGGCUCCCAAUCGCGGGGAUAUCCUUAUCAACACCGACUCGUCUAUUAAAUCGUCUAUUAUGCUCGACGAACAACAAGUGAUCGAAAACGUAUUGUAUCGAAGAAGGCGAAAGAUCCUAAUAAAUACAGCACGAGAAAGAGGGUAACGAACUGACGUUUUCGGACUCACGUAUACGAAACUGAAACACAAAUUUUGCGCUUUCUUGGCGAACGUUCCCUCUCUAACAUUCUCUUCUUUUCUACUAUUCCGCCUUUGUUUUUUUCGUGAAUACGGCGAUACGUGCUCGAGAGGCGAACAAGAAAGACUACUUUUACUUUAAGAAAUACGAUGCUCAAAAAAAGACUCAUUCAUAAGAUUUACAAGAGCCUGGUGAAAAGACAAUAGACCUCUUGAUUGAAACGUCUCUAUCGUUCGGUCAACAAUACAUCAUUUGGAAUAAAAAUUUCUUCUAAAUUCAUUAUUUUUUUUUUUUUUCGAAUUUCUUCGAAAACUAUUGCAAAAUUCGAUGGAAUAUUUGAAGCUUUCAUCAUGCUUCUGUAUUCUGCAAGAAAGGAAACAGAGCCUCGAAAGCGACGACUGAAAUCGUUGAAAAUUGAAAUCGUAGUUACUCGAAUCAAAUUACCCUCAGGCUUGGUUCACGAUUUCUCUGACUGAUUAAAUAAAAAAAAGAAAAAAAAAAGAAAAAAAAAGUAAGAGAAGACGAUGAAUAGAGUUCUUUUUUCAUGAGUUAGCUCGAAGAUAGAUGUAGCGGAAAUGAUAAUGAAACGAGAUGAUAAUCGAAAUGGAAAAAAAAAAAAAACAAGAAACGAUGAUUUAAUUCGAUGACAGUAGAUACAGUAGACGAUUUCCUAGGGAAUAUAGAACGAAAGACGAGGCUGAAGAAAUGUAGUUUUAUAACUUUUAUCAUUCGUUUCGCAUAUGGAUUGUUAUAUAUAUAUAUAUAUAUAUAUAUAUAUAAUAAUACAUUGACAAGAGGUGGUGACCGAAGUUCGAUCAAGCUUGUUCGUAAAACUAUUUAUAUAUUUCAUCUCCCUUAAUUUACUUUGCAAAAGAGGCAAGAGAGAAAUAUUACACACGCAUACACAGAUAUAUACAAAAUCAAUAAUAUCAAAGCACAGUGUAUAUCGAGUACUGAAAAUACCAGUUUAAAUCCAAUGAUAUAGUCGGUGUUAAGAAUAACAACAACAUAUCUUCUAAUUGGAUUCUCACACUUUAUAUUCGAUUCGAUAAUUCGUCCCUCAACAUCCCUUAUUACUUUUAAACGUGAUCGUCAAUUAAUUUUUCUAGCCAGUGUACAAACUAUAAUAAUCGUAACGUCAAUGAAAUAUUGAAUGUCAAUGUGUAUAUCUCGAUAACGUUCGCCCUUAUGGCUGAUUAAAUGAAACCUAGAAGAUAAAAAAUUUCACGACUCGAUCAUAAAUCCAUUUCUGAUGCAAAUUCUGAUAUUGCAAAUUCAUAUUAUUAUAAUUAAACCGUUGAAUUACGCUGAUAUUAUAAGAUCUCAAAACGGUCCGAUUUAAAAAUAUUACGUUAAUUCGAAGAAAAUCACGAGAAAAUAAUUAUAAUCGUUAACGAGGGCGUGAAAUUUUUCAUUUUCGUUUGCUGCGAAUGUAAAGUGUGAAAUACCAUUAUAUACCGAUAAUCCAUCGUCUUACCACUGUCUUAUCAAAAGAUAA